AGAUUCAAAUGGUUAUCUAUGCUAAAGAUUUUUAUUGGUCAGCACAUGAUUUGGCAGGAACACAUGCAUCGAUAUCAGCAAUCCAAUGUUUCAAGUUUAGUCUGGGGCAGCAGCAAAUCAAUGCUUUGCGAAUCAAGUUUUGAGACUAAAGAGCUCCCUACAAGAUGUUUUACAACUUUGGUGCAUUCAUGAAUAAUAGAUAUGUCAAAGGGUUUCAAGAUUCUAUUUUUUUACUAAAUAAUAUUGGAAGCUAGGUUUUCUAAAGAAUUUGUCUUGUUGCUUGGGCAUCCUGGUAUUUGAAUUGGUUUAAACUGUUGGAUUUUGGUGCUAAACUAAAAAUUAAACAGUCCCAAAAUAUGGUGAAAGGCCCAAGAUGUGGGAGAAGACGACAACCUGCAUUCGGAAGGUGGCUUCAGAGGUGUGUGGAGAAACCAAAGGAAGUGAAGACCUUAAUUGAUAAUUGAUAUGAGAAGAGUGGUAACAGAUGUUUGUAAUGCUUCAAGCACACCUCAAGAAAAUAGGCUUGCUGGUGACAGCAACACCAUUUCAGAAAAUGCCCAGGAAUCAUUGAGUUCUUUACCAGAACAAGAGUCAAAUGAUGCUAGUGUUAACACAGAAAAGCAGGAACCUGGCAUUUCAAAAUGCAAAUCUGUGGACGAAAUUCCAAAAACAGUAACUGUAAAGAGAUGCAAGAACGUUGAUUCAAAAAAAGUCUCCUCAAAUAACAAUAAUAAUCCAAGAUUUACUGGCAGUCCAGCUCUGAAAAAGCAUCCCACAAAGGGGGACCAUCUUUUUGAACUAUGUGAAAAUGGCAUGGCUCAAGACACAAAGCCUCCUAGCACAAGGAUAUGCAUAAAUUCAGCCUGCAAAGCUGUCUUCAACUCAGAUAACACAUUUUGUAAGAGGUGUUCAUGUUGUAUUUGCCAUGGUUUUGAUGAUAACAAAGAUCCUAGUCUUUGGCUGGUAUGCUCAUCAGAGACUGGUGAUCAGGAUUGCUGUGGAUCAUCCUUCCACGUUGAGUGUGCACUCAAGCACCGAAAGGCAGGAUGCAUAGAACUUGCACAAUCUAUACAGCUUGAUGGUAACUACUGCUGUGCUGCAUGCGGCAAGGUUAUUGGAAUACUUGGGUUCUGGAAGAGGCAGCUAGUAGUUGCUAAAGAUGCUCGUAGAGUUGAUAGUCUCUGUUCCCGCAUAUAUCUGAGCCAUAGACUUUUGGAUGGCACAACACGUUUUAAAGAGUUGCAUCAGAUCGUAGAGGAUGCAAAAGCAAAGUUGGAAAGUGAAGUUGGCCCCCUUGAUGGUACGUCAUCCAAGAUGGCUCGUGGUAUUGUAGGCCGGCUGCCUGUUGCUGCUGAUGUGCAGCAACUUUGCUCUUUAGCAAUUGAAAAAGCUGAUGAGUGGCUUAGUUCAAACAUUCAAUCUGAAACUAAACAAAAUGAUACACUUCCUUCUGCCUGCAGGUUUAAAUUUGAAGAUAUUACAGCUUCAUCUUUGGUGUUGGUUCUCAAGGAAGCUGUUUCCUCGCAGUAUCAUGCUAUCAAAGGCUAUAAACUCUGGUACUGGAAUAGCAGAGAAGCGCCUUACACAGGGGAGCCUGCUGUUUUCCCCAAAGACCAAAGAAGGAUUCUAAUAUCCAAUCUUCAGCCCUGCACAGAGUAUUCCUUCCGUAUUAUUUCAUUUACUGAGGAUGGUGAACUGGGCCAUUCUGAAUCAAAGAUCUUUACCAAGAGUGUGGAAAUCAUUCAUAAGAACACAGAGCAUGGAGCAGAAGGUUGCUCAUCUUCUGCCAAGAGAGCUGGUAAGAGACAAAAUGCUAGGUCAUCAGGCUUCCAGGUGCGCCAGUUGGGUAAUGUCUUCCGAAGAGCACAGACUGAGAAUGGUUACCCCAGUACGUUGUGUAAAUAUGAGAUUGAAGAUUCAUGUGAUCAGAGUGAGUCCGUGAUACCAGAUAAGGACCAGUUUCGAUGUGGUGCCUCCCGCAAACUCGAUCUUAAUGAGACCUCAGUCCCGGACCUAAAUGCAGAGGUAGUCAUGCCAACAGAGUGCUGCCAGAAUGAGAACGGCUGUACUUCUGGAAAGAAUGCAUUCACAAAGUCGAACGGUUGUGGUGACUCUGAGACCUGUGCAGAGGGGCAUGUAGGGGAUGCACCAGCCAUGGAAUCCCGGUCCCAGAGUCGCAAGCAGGCAUCAGAUUUGGAGCAGGAGACCUGUCUUGAUGACAGCAAUUUGGUGGCCCGUGCAGCUAGGCUCUUCGCCCCGAGGUUAGGACAGUUAGAUGACAACUACGAGUACUGCGUGAAGAUUAUCCGUUGGUUGGAAUGUUCAGGCCUCAUUGAGAAGGAUUUCAGGAUGAAAUUUCUAACAUGGUUCAGUUUGAGAUCGACAGAGCAGGAGCGAAGAGUUGUUAUCACCUUCAUCCGCACCCUAAUUGAUGAACCCAGUAGUCUGGCUGCGCAGCUUUUGGAUUCCUUUGAAGAAAUUGUUACCAGUAAGAGGCCAAGAACAGGUUUCUGUACUAAGUUGUGGCACUAGCCAGGUAGAGAAAGCAUGGAACUGAUAUCUAAUGAUACUCUAGCGUUCUUACAUCAGCAAGAUUAACUGGGAUGACAGUGUAAUAGUAAUUUUAUUUAUUUUCUGAUAAAUGUAGUUAAACUGAUGUUGCUGAGCUUUGAUAUUUGCCAUGAUGAUAUAUUCUUCAGGGCUAGUUUAGAAACUUAAACCCCCUCCAGGAUUCCUAGGGAUUGAGUGGAAAAUUAGCUUAUUUCCCCCUCAAUUCUUGGGAAUCUUGGAGUAGAUUUAAGUUUCCAAACUAGCCCUUAGGGGAUUUAAGCUUCCAAACUAAGUGUAAUGGUGCUUUUAUUUGUUUUCUGAUAAUGUAGUUGUCCGAUAUUGCUGUGGCUUCGAUAUUUGACAUGAUGUGUACUUACAUGGGCAAAAUUAAUUGGGAUGACAGUGUAA